AUGGAUGACGCUAUUGUCUUCUUCACUCGAUCCAAGGUCGCUGACAUCGUCCCGCUGUCAGAUAUUAGUGGUGGACACAAAAUCAACUCCACAGUCAAAGUGCGUUGGAACAGGAAAUUCUACGCCACAAAGGAUUGUUCUAGUAGCAGUCGAUGUGAGCAAAAGAUAACGGAUUUGGGUGAAGACGGAAAAUCGGUGGAAAGAUUCUUCACAGUCGGAGAGAGUAGUACCAUUCCUGAGAACGACGUUUUUAUCGAAAGAGGAGACGAGAUUGUAGCAAGGGAGACUUCGAAUUGA